UAUUGCUGUGACAGUGAGCGUGCAUAAAAUUUUAAUAAAGCAGCCGCAUACAAAGAGCAGAGAGCGAUAGCUUGGUUUGCGUUUUACUUGUAAUUGAGUGGCGUAACGGUGAACGCAAAAGUGAUAAAUUGUGCCUAAAAUUAAUAGAAAGCCAUCCAUAUUAUGAACCGCACCAGAAGGAAGGCUGUACGUCCAAAAAAUCUCUACUCAAGUGCAAAUAUAUUAUCACGAUGGACCUUUUGGUGGAUGCGCGAUUUGUUCAAACGGGGUCUAGAAGGUCCACUCACAGACGAAGAGCUGUACCAACAUAGAAAGACCUUAGACAGUGAACGCGUGACGAGCAGGUUCACUGAAUUGUGGGAGGAUGAGAAGAAGCGCAGCGAUCCGAGCGUCGUACGCAUGAUAUUUCGGGCAUAUGGCGCCAUAUUCGUGCCCUUGGGAUUGCUCUUUUCCAUACUGGAAACAUGUUGCAAAUCCCUAAUGCCUUUAUUUCUGGGCGGUCUGGUUGGUUAUUUUGCCACGGAUCAGACAACGAUAACCGAGUCAAUGGCCUAUUACUUUGCGUUCGGCAUUGUGAUCUGCAUGCUGCUGCCCGUGCUGACAUUCCACCCGUUCAUCUUUUACAUAUUCCAAGUGGGCACCAAGCUGCGUCUGGCACUGUCCGGCCUCAUUUACCGCAAGUGCCUGGAGGUGUCCAAGAGCAACAGAAAUGAUGGCCUACGGGCACGCGCCAUUAAUAUAUUGUCCAACGAUCUGGGGCGCUUCGAUGUGGCCCUCUGCUUUCUGCAUGACACAUGGAAAGGGCCAAUGGAAUCGUUGCUCAUUGGCUAUCUUAUGUACCGCGAGAUCGGCAUUUCGGCUGUCAUUGGCGUUUCCUUCAUGCUCAGUUUUAUACCGCUCCAAGCGUGGGCUGCCAAAAAGGCAGCCAACUUCCGGCAGAUGACUGCAGAGCGGACAGACUUACGUGUGAGGCUAAUGAACGAGAUUAUACAGGGCAUACAGGUGAUCAAGAUGUAUGCCUGGGAGAAGUCCUUUGCGCGCGUCAUUGCCGAGGUGCGUCUGAAGGAAGUGAACGCCAUUCGAGGAACUGCCUACAUUCAUGCCGCUCUCAGCUGCACCUCGAUGAUCUCUCCACUGUCUGUGUUCCUCGCCCUGUGCUCAUAUGUUUACCUGGGCGAUGCACUCACUGCCAAGAAGGUCUACAUGUUAUCCUCCUACUUCAACAUGCUCAACGAUUCCAUGGUGCACUUUUGGCCUCUAUCCAUCACGUUCAUAGCGGAAGCACUGGUCUCGGCGCAACGCUGCAAGGAAUUUCUGCUGGAUGGCGACAAGGCCGAGGUGCCCAUCAAACUGGAGUCGGAUGCCAAGGGGCCCAAGAACAAGCGCAAGGUAACGCGAGAGGACAAACUGAAGAAUGUGGAGGUAAAUGGCACGCUGCUGAUCAACGGUCAGCCGCAGAUGACACAGACGCAGCACAGUCGGCUGCGCGACUAUAGCCCAGAUGCGCCACACAAGUGCGUGGUCUUGAAGAACGUUUCUGCUUCUUGGGACUCAAGUGAUGGCCAUGCCAACUGCGCCAUCGAUAACUUCAGUACGGACAUUCAGGAUCACACAUUGACUGCUGUGGUUGGCCCGGUCGGCGCCGGCAAGUCGAGUCUCCUUCAUGUGCUGCUCGGCGAAGUGGGCAUUGAUCAAGGCGAGGCAUCGGUGCAUGGCAAGAUCUCAUAUGCUGCACAGGAGCCCUGGGUCUUUGAGGGCACAAUACGCGAUAACAUUGUCUUUGUUGAGGACUACAAUGAGCGGCGCUACAAGAAGGUGAUCAAGGCGUGUGCCUUGGAACGGGAUCUGGAGCUAAUGCCAAAGGGUGAUCUAACUGUGGUGGGUGAGCGCGGAGUCAGUCUCAGUGGUGGUCAGAAGGCGCGCGUGAGUCUAGCACGGGCUGUCUACCGCAAGGCUGAUAUCUAUCUGCUGGACGAUCCGCUGUCUGCCGUCGACACGCACGUCGGCAAGCACAUCUUUGACAAGUGCAUACGCGACUUUCUGUCCAACAAGAUACGCAUAUUGGUCACACAUCAGCUGCAGUAUUUGUUCGAUGUGGAGCACCUGCUGCUGAUGUCCUCCGGCAAGGUUGUAGCGCAGGGCAGCUAUCAGGAGCUGCAGCGUUCGCGCCAAUUUCAGUUCCUGGAGCAGGCACGCUCUCACGAUGAGAGCGGGAUCGACACGGACAGCAUUCAUAGUCACAUGUCGCGCAGUGAUUCAGAGAAAAGCAUGGAGCAUCAUAAUACGUUGCUGCGGCCCGAUGAAACCGUGGAGGAGAUCAACCAGGAGCAGCAGUGUGUGGGCGCGGUGAAGUUCAGCGUGUACGCUUCGUACUUCAAGGCCCUAGAGAGCACAUUUUUCUUCAGCUUGAUUGUGGUGCUCUUCGUUUGCUCGAGGAUCAUGCUCACGGGUGUGGACUACUUCCUCUCCCGCUGGGUAAUUUGGGAGGAAAAGAUUGCUUUAAAUGGCAGCUCACUUGCUGUGCCAGCAGCUGUCAAUGGCACACUGGAUGCCACCACAGAGGGUUCUGUUAAUGAUACAGUGAUCAGUGCCGUACCGACAGCAACUGCGGACAUUGAGAGUGACGUUCGCCAGGAGCUUGUCGUAUUCUAUGCCGUGAUUCUGUCCGCCACAUUAAUUGUUUACCUGAUGCGCACCUUUGGCUACUUUAGGAUGUGUUUGCGCAUUUCUCUGCGCCUGCACGAUCGCCUCUUCCGUGGAAUCACACGCGCCACUAUGUACUUUUUUAAUACGAACUCCUCUGGCCGCAUUUUGAAUCGUUUCUCCAAGGACAUACGUACUGUGGAUACGGAUCUGCCGCACACGCUGUUGGAUUGUCUGGCUUUUGCCAUUGAUGUCUCCGGCGUGCUGGUCAUUGUAGCCAUUGCAAAUUAUUGGCUGCUCGUGCCCGCUGCUGUGAUUGUCGUCCUUCUAGGCUGCAUACGUUACCUUUAUGUGAACACGAGUCGCAGCGUCAAGCGACUGGAGGGCAUAUCUCGCAGUCCCAUCUACUCGCUGACAAAUCAAACGUUUCAAGGUCUAACCACGGUACGCGCUCUGCAGGCACAGAGCGCGCUGGAGAGCGAGUUUCACGAGUAUCAGAAUGCCAAUACCUCCGCCUGGUUUCUCUUCCUCUCCUGCACACGCGCCUUUGCUUUGUGGUCGGACCUGUUGUGCAUUGGCUAUAUAACAGCCGUCACAUUUAGUUUUCUGCUGCUGCGCAACGAGUUUAACAGCGGAGAUGUCGGGUUGGCGAUAUUGCACAGCACCACCAUGACAGGCAUGUGCCAGUGGGGUAUGCGGCAAACUGCACAGCUGGAGAACGAGAUGACCAGCGUGGAGCGUGUGCUAGAGUAUACGGAACAGCCAUUGGAGGCGCCAUUGGAGACAGCUGAGAAAUUCAAACCGAAGACCGAAUGGCCUAGCAAAGGUCGUAUUGAGUUCAUUAACUUUAAGUUGCGCUAUGCACCAAAGGAGGAGCCUGUGCUGCGGGAUCUGAACUUUACCAUUGAAUCGCGAGAGAAGAUUGGUAUUGUGGGACGCACCGGUGCUGGCAAAUCCUCCAUUAUACAGUCAAUAUUCCGCUUGGCCUGCAACGAGGGCAUGAUUCGCAUAGAUGAUGUCGAUAUUGAGCAUAUAGGCUUGCAUGAUUUGCGCAGUCGUAUCUCUAUAAUACCGCAGGAUCCUGUGCUAUUUUCUGGAACACUGCGCUACAAUCUAGAUCCGAUGAAUGAACGCACAGAUGAAGAGAUGUGGAAGGCUCUGGGCGAUGUAGAGCUACGUUCCUAUGUAUCCACGCUCAUUGGUGGUCUCAAUUGUCGCAUGUACGACGGUGGCUCCAAUUUCAGCGUGGGUCAGCGGCAGCUUGUGUGCCUGGCACGAGCCAUACUCCGUAACAACCGGAUACUGAUAUUGGAUGAGGCUACGGCCAAUGUUGAUCCAGAAACCGACAAGCUGAUUCAGCAAACGAUCCGCUCCAAGUUUGCCAACUGUACAGUGCUGACGAUUGCCCAUCGACUGCACACGGUUAUGGACUCGGACCGGGUCCUGGUCAUGGAUGCAGGCGAGGUGCGAGAGCUCGGCCAUGCCUAUGAGCUACUGCAACGGCCCGACGGCUAUUUGCGUCAGUUAGUGAACAAUACGGGUACAUCGAUGGCGAAUGCGCUAAUGCAGGCGGCGGAAGAGAGCUAUAGCAAACGGCUAUUGGAUGGGCGAAUAUCUGCCGAUGAUCUGAAUAUCACGGCAGCGAUGCACGAGCACAACGAUUAGCGCAAUAAUAACUCACAAAGCAACAAA